AUUUAUCUUUCUCCAGGAGUCUCUUCUAGUUGCCAUAGUGUUUCAAAGACAGGGAACAACUUUGUACUGACAUAAGCCACUACCUUAGCAUUCUCAGAUGCAUCUUGUCUGGAUCCAUGAACACCUAUCUACUUCUUAUACAAAAAUAUACUUAGAGAAAAUACAACAGACCUAGUAGGACACAGUCCAAAAUAUUCUUAACUAUGAAUGCUAUGCUUCAGUAUUUUUGGAGUAACUUCUUAUGGGGAAAAAAAGCCUUCCAUGACCAAAGAACCUGAUCUUGAUAGUUUAAGAAGAGGAUGCUUGGCCAUAGUAAGUUCAUCUCCUCCACUUCUUUGUUGCUUCACCUCAGGAUGGAACAAAGAUGGGUAGACAUAGCCUGAGUUUUAAGCCAAAUAUGAGUUGUCCCUAAUACAAUUUAAGAAGGUCUUUUGUAAGACCUUGUAUACCUGAUGCAGAACUACUGAGCUGAGAUGAAAAUAUUUCUUUCAUCAAUGCACAAUGAACUUCAGCAUCUUUCUUUGUCAUUUCUAGUUGAGAUGAGAUCUGUUUAUAAGACAUAUGCUGAUGAUCCCAUGAGAGGGAAAAGUAGAAGCCUGCCAAGUUCCACUAGAUGCUUGCCACUGGAAGCAGGACUAAUGUUUCCUUAAACUUGCAAAGUAAAAGAAAAUGGAUGCAACCCAAACUUAUCAACAUGGUCAGAUAAAUGCAGCCUGCUUUGCUAUUUUGAAAGAAAUGAGCCCUUUGGGAGAGGAAACCAGAAUUGUUGCAUUAUUUAUGAGGAAUUACUUUCUCCCUAGACAGUGAAGGUCCACUGGGAACUGUGUUAUUGUAUGUGAUACAUUGUCAGUGGGACUCUGUUUCCCUUUUUUAAAAUGAACAGCUGAGAGUGGCAAAAGGAAACAUGAGAGCUGCAGGUGAAAAGCUCAUUACUCUUCUGAGGGCAUUACCAUGGCAUUUGGAGAAGGUUUUUGUGGAACAAAGCAGUUCCUCCUCUCUCAACCACAGAUCCUGGGGAACAAAACCACAAAGAUCAGUGUCUGUGAUUCUACUAUGCUUGCUCUUGACUCUAAGGAAAACUGGGCUGGUGUUAAGUCAUGGUUGCUAGCACAGGUCAGCUGUCUAGCUGAAUGUGAAACAUAGGUAAAGGAAUCCAUCUCACCACUGCAAAAUGCAGGUAAUACCUUUGCCUUAGUGUGUUUAUCUUGUCAUAAAACUAAAACUUGCACUGAGUUUACAUCUGUAAGGUUGAUUUGCAUUUAUCAACAUGAGGUUAAAAGAAAUCUCCCUUAUGGCUCAGCACUAUACCUGACCCCAAAGGUUGGCCCCUUUUCUUCUGAAAUUUGACGAAAAAUAGCUGGCUGAUCACAACAUCCUCUGUAGCAAGCAGUUGGCAGACUACAGGGAACCUAAAUUUGGCUAUUCAAAAUUAUUUGGGUCUUGCUACCCCACAACUAUUCACUGCUGCUGGCCGAUCCUGCAGAGCUGCUGUGCACCCCAUGGCAGUGAGUGGCAAACAGCUGGCACAGUAGCUUGGAGUAUUUGGGAAUGAGGAGAGUUAAAUCCCUGUUCCGCAGGAGUCUCUCUGAGCCACUGAGUUUUGGAAGGAGAGAGCAUAUCAAGCUAGUCCAGCAGUAACAGAUAAGUCCAGUUUUGCCUCUUACAUCAAACUCUGAUUCACCCUGCACUGAUACUGACUUGCAAUACUCUCUUAAUUGGGAAAAUCACUGGGAUAGUACUCAGUGCCAGAAUUCUGGGUCAUAAAGUCAUUCUCUGACUCAGAAGAAGGUUUACAACAGCUGUGGCAGUGGUACAUGCUGUAGGUGAGUCAUGUUGGACUAUUAGCAUGAAGAGAAGAGCCUCGUAAAAUAGAAACAAAUACAUACAGAGUUGCACUGACCCAUCUAAAUUAUAAUCUUACCAUUGUUAUUCUGCAGCAAAGAACUUGAAAAUGUUUCAUUAUGCACUCAGUUUUCAGGAAUGCAGCAUAUAAAAAAAAUUACUGAGACAAUAAUCAUAGGAGUCCCAAAUGGAUUUUAAAUUCAGAGGGUAAAAUUUGGGCUGAAAUAAACACUCUGGCAGGUAUUGAAUUUGUGGAGGCAUACUGAUGUGAGGCAGCUCAGAACUGGAGUCUGGAUUCGUGGGACAAAUGCUAGUGUUUAUGGAUUGUGUAACAGAUGCAUGUCAAGUGCAGAGUGCAACAACAUAUCUAAUGGCAUGUAACAAAAUAGUGAAUAUUCAGGAGGAGAAAUUCGAUUUAAGUGGUAGGAGAGAUUUACAUUGAGAAACACUAUUUGCUUUUCCAGCAAAGGAUUCCAGUGAAUAAAAUUACUGAGGAAACACAUGAAAUGCUAAGCAACUUAAAUCAAUGUCUGACCUUCAGCGAGUGGGCGCUGAGGUAGUUUCACUGCCUCAGUGGGCCCCCAUUAUCUGCAUGCUGAACCCUGUGAUGAACCACCUUCAGAAAGCUUGUGCCACAAACCAGUGCCAUCAGUAUGGAGUAUGUGGAAAAUGGUGCUCUCCAGCCACAGGUUGAGAUGUAUGGGCUUAACGAGUUAUAAGCUUUUAAGGGAUGGCCGAUCUGAGGACCAACACUGUGACAUGGCUGUCCCAUAGCACAAUGUUAUCACUGGAAAAACCAAGGGAACGUACACCUUUGAGCUCCUUUCCUCCUGAUCGCAUCAGAAUGAGUUUCCUCACCCGGGCACCAGGUGCUGGGUUUUUGUUGGUGUGAAACAGGCUGCCUUCCGUCAGCAAAGCGCGUUCAUCGAUGUGGAAUGGGCCGCUGCGCCUCCACCUAAGCCUCGGUCCGCCCGUGCUGAGGGCCGCCUGCCCGCUCCCGGCGGGCGGUUUCCCGCCCAAACGCGGGUGGCGGGAGCGGCCACCUCAGCUGCAACGCUCGCGGCGAGCCGCGGCGUCCGGAGGAUGCUACCGCCCUUCCCUCGGCGACGCGCACGGGGCAGCAACAAGCGCCCGAGGACUGCACGGCGUCUGCACCCGGGCCGCAUCCGCGAGGCAUUUAGCAUCAUGUUUCAUUAAAAGUGCUGACGAGCACCCAGAACUCUAAAGACAGCGGUUUUGUGCAAGAUAAGAAUGUUCCUUAAAGAAGCUGACGGAGGAUAGAGCGCUGACAGCGUAAGAUGGCACCGUAGUAUAGUCUGAAAUUGUCUUUCCAAUUCAGCUGCGAUGGAGUCAAUGGAUGAAGCUGAAGGGCGACAAGAACAGCUGAACAGGAAGGAGCAAUCCCUGAAAACCUCCCAGAAAACAGCGCUGCUUGCUUGGGCUGCCUGGUGGAAUGGAUUAAUGACUGGAGACAGCAUGUAUCUGUUUGUCCUCUCUCAGAUACUGCUUCUCUGCAUGAUGCUGUGGUACAGCACUUAUGGGACCAUCUCAGCAGCUCAGAAUGCCUUUGACAUGCUGUCUUACUUGCUUGUCCCAUUUGAAGAAUUUUUAUCAGAUCGAGGAGUGGAUCUGACAAGAAUUGGGAACGUUGUGGUAUCAUAUAUCCUGCUGUCCUUAGCUUCUCUCGGACUUCUACUUGUAGGAUCUCUGUUUUGGCAUCUGCUCAGAGCACGUCCAGACCCCCCCUUUCAGCUACAGGAGGACAGACGCCAAUCUGUGAGCCGGCAGCCUUCAUUCACGUACUCAGAGUGGACAGAAGAUAAAAAUGAGGAUGACUUCCUAGAUCUGGAUCCCGUACCGGAGACCCCAGUCUUUGACUGCGUAAUGGACAUUAAAGUGGAGACAGAUCCAGCUACUCUAACGGUUAAAUCCGUUGGCUUGCAAGAAAGGAGGGGUUCCAAUGUCUCACUCACACUGGAUAUGUGUACCCCAGGCUGUUCUGAACAAGGUUUUGGCUAUAUCAUGUCACCACGGGAACAGUCAGCACAAGAAUAUCUCCAGACAGCAUCAAACAUUCUUACUGAAGAGGAACUGCACAAGAAAGCCCUGGAUCCAUUCAUACUCCAGGCAGAAUUCUUUGAAAUUCCAAUGAACUUUGUUGAUCCAAAGGAAUAUGAUAUUCCAGGCCUGGUGCGGAAGAAUCGCUACAAAACAAUUCUUCCAAAUCCUCACAGCAGAGUGUGCCUUACCUCAGCUGAUCAGGACGACCCCCUUAGCUCUUACAUCAAUGCUAACUACAUCAGGGGAUAUGGAGGAGAGGAAAAGGUGUAUAUUGCUACUCAGGGACCAAUAGUUAACACUGUCAGUGAUUUCUGGAGAAUGGUGUGGCAGGAGCGUUCUCCCAUCAUUGUCAUGAUUACCAAUAUAGAAGAGAUGAACGAGAAAUGCACAGAAUAUUGGCCAGAGGAAAAGAUCACCUAUGAAGGAAUAGAAAUCAUAGUUAACCAAGUCAUACAAGCAGAUGAUUACCGUUUAAGGCUCAUCACCCUAAAGAAAGGAGAAGAAGUCAGAAACCUCAAACAUUACUGGUACACAUCUUGGCCAGACCAGAAGACGCCAGAUCAAGCUCCUCCUCUGUUACAACUAGUACUGGAAGUGGAAGAAGCAAUGCAGAGUGCAGAAGAGAAGAAUGCCCCAGUGAUAGUUCACUGCAGUGCAGGCAUCGGGAGAACGGGCUGCUUUAUUGCAACUAGUGUCUGUUGUAAACAGCUGAAGAGUGAGGGCAUAGUGGAUAUAUUGCGAACAACUUGCCAGUUACGGUUAGACAGGGGAGGAAUGAUCCAGACUUGUGAACAGUAUCAAUUUGUCCAUCAUGUCAUGAGCUUGUACGGAAAGCAGCUUUCUAGAGCAGCAGAAGAAUAAGUGUUCAUGAUAUUCCUAAAGGCUAAAACCAAGAGAACUUUUGACUGCAUUCAGAUAUAUUUCAAAUCUAGUAAGAGACACAUGGUAACCUGGUUGUCUUAGCUGGAGAAAAAGAUAUAUUUUACUUCAAUAUUGCUUUUAUGCUCUUGUUUGCAUUGACAUUUAAGAGCUGAAGUACGUACACCUUGUCUUAAACAUAUGUGACAGGACAUAAUCUUCACCAAAAAAGGCUUAUUUAUUUUGUAAAUAAGAACAGUAGCUUCAUUUGUUAUAAAAUCAAAAAAAGAAAAAAAAAAGCACUGUCUUCAGUUUGCUAUUUUUAAAACAUAAUUGCUAUUAUAUCCAAAUACAGUGUGAAACUUUUUGAAUUGUCAUGCUGAAAUAUGUGCCGUAUGUUGACUAAGCUUGAAAGUAACUUUUUGCCUCUUUCUGAUUGUUUUUACAUAUAAAAUUACCGAAUACUGUGUAUAUCAUAAACCUUCUGAGCCUCUGCAUUGAAAGAUUCACGUAGAUUCAUGUUGAAAUGAGAAUUUGCACACCAUGUUUGCUUGUUUUUAUUUUUUAAAGCAGUCCAUCACCAGUAUUAUCAGAGCUAUAGGGAAAAAAAUAUUUCACUGAUAUGAGACAAAUUCUUGCCUCUAGUUCUUAGCAGCAGUGUUACCCUGCUAUCGUGAUAACUUGGAUGAAUUUGUGGUGGGUAGGGAGAAGUUAAAAUGAAUAUUAAUUCCUUAUACUUCCGCUUUCUUUUGUCAAUAUUUUGGCAUCUGACUCUAUAAUCAGAUUUGAUUUUUGAAAGUAUUUGGUCUUUUUAUAUAGUCAGACAAUAAUCCCAAUACAGUUUCCCCAGAAAUUUGAGGUGAGGAAUUUCUUUUUACUUGAAUUCAUCUUUACUUAAAAUGUAAUAAUAAAAUCACCUGUAUUUUGAAUUUAAACCUGUUCCAAAGCUUUGAAUGUGACCGACUGGCCCAUGUUCAUUAAAAUUAAUAUGACUAGAAAUGGAAAUCCCAAAAGCAGUUUAAAAAAAAAUCACACAAUGUGCAGCUGCUGCUUGAUAAAUUUCCCCUCAAACUAAGUUUCAAUAAUUGUUAGCCCUUAUAAUUGCUAGCCCGAGCAGUAGCAUUUCCUUUUAAAUAAUAUAGGCUGUUUCCCAUGCUUUUGUUUUUAGACCUUAGUCUGGCAAUGAAAGCUGUUGGUGUGUUCAAUGCUUAGAGGUAAGCACGUUUUUAAGUUCUUUGAGCAGUGAAAAAUGGAGAUACAUGGGACUCUUUAUAUCAAAGUUGAGUGUUUUGUGAAUGGAAGCUGUAAUCAUUUACUACAAAUAUUUUUGCUUCUCUAUUUGUAACAAUAACCAAAACUCACUGCUUUUGUUAGUGCAGAAGAUUCUGUGGAUUUACUUCACUUCUUCAUCAGGAGAAGGUAAAACAGCUCUCAGAACAAUAAGGGCUGAUCCUGCUCCUACUGAGGCUUGUCACUGACAUCAGUAGAUGCAGGGUAGGGCCUGAAAUGUUAUGCCUACAACUUCAUCACUGUGGGGAAAUUUUUCCAGUAUUUUAGUACACAUCCUUUGUGUUUAUUUUGUAUCCAUGAACCUGUAAAAAUCCUAUCAGCAGGGUUUGCAUGAUUAUGUGGCAAAAUGUGUUAUCUUGACCACUUGAUUUUAUUGCUGUAUUUAAAAUAUUUCCUUCAAUGAGAAGCUAGCAAGAAGAACUGGCAAUCUUUUUAAAAAUACUGGCAGUAGUCAUUAAAUAGAGCAAUAAACUUAAGCUUUUGAGCAUAACAUGACUGUUAGUUUUAUGUAAACCUUGCUAGCUAUAUUCUUCCCAUUGCUACUGAUUCUUUCAAAGGGGUAACGUUUUCCAUCUAAGUACUCCUUAGAAAUAACGAAAGUACCACUGAUGUCUUGAAUAAUGUUAUAAGUGGAACUCCUGAUAAUAUUUUCAGCGACAGUGAAUAUUUUCACCCUACAGUGUCAAAACUAACUCAGUUAAUAAAGUAACUUGUUCUGUCAUCAGUUUGCUGUUCAUCUAAUAAAUGUUGAUGAUGAAUAGGGUUGUGCAUAGGAGAGAAGUUUGCUGUGUAAGUUGCCUUGUGUACAAAGAAACUUUCUAGAAGAUACUUGUUUUAUGGCAAACAAGAUAUGACAGUCUCUAACGUACUGACUUUGAGGUGCACGCAGAAUUCUUCAGCAUGCGUUACUCAGUGGUGGUUCACUGAUUUAAGUAGAAGUAAACAAUUUAUAUUGAUGAGGGAAAUCUAACCUGAUGUCCACUUCCAUUCUGCAUACAUGAAAUGUUUUGAGAGUGUGGUCACUGGUAAAGUCAGGCUGCUUUGCAUCAAUUCAAAGCAAGUGUCAUCCUACUUUAACUGAAUAUAAAGACUGCGCAUUUGCCAUCUCACACCAGCCAAGUGCACACUUAUCAGUCAAGAUGAAAUUAUUCAAAUGCCUCUUAAGGUGUUAUUCUGUCUAACAGAAUUGAAGCUAAUUCUCCUAUUUAUACUACAGCCUUACUGUAAUUA